AUUAAAACUAUGGAUCCUUCAGAGGAUACCAAAAACAAAACCGGUCCAGAAGAAGAACUUAUCGACAAACUAUUCAAAGCUGUGAUGAAGAACAAAUGGGAAGAGGUCGUGACGAUAUACAAGAAUGACUCUACAGCUCACGAGGCCAAGCUGAUAACCCGGUCGGAAGAUACAGCUUUGCACAUUGCGGUUUCAAACGGGCGGACUACAAGAGUCGCCGAAUUGCUCGAAACAAUCAAUGAAAAUGUGCUUAUGAGGAUGAAGAACGCAAAAGGAAACACGCCACUGCAUUUGGCUGCAAGUCUCGGGAACCUGAAAAUAUGCGCGAAAAUGGUGUCGAAAAAUCGCGAAGUUAUGGCCAAUCUUCUUGCUGUUCGCAACGAGGAGGGGGAGACGCCAAUCUUCUUGGCAGCUUGUCAUGGCCAUGAUGAUGUUUUCUUUUACCUGACCCAGAACAUUCUUCACGUAGAAAUAAAGGAAGAAUAUUUACGUAGAAAUAAUGGGGACACCAUUCUUCACGUUACCAUCUCUGGUGAAUAUUUCAAUAUGGCAAUGAAGAUAAUUGACGACUACCAAUAUUUAGUCGACGCUAUGAAUGUGGAUGGUUUAUCUCCACUUCAUGUUCUGGCCAAUAAGCCGAAUGCCUUCAAAAGCAGCACUCAACUUAGAACAUUUGACCGAUUUAUAUACUACUGUUUGUAUGUGGACUUAAAUAUUAUUGUGAAAAAGAAGCUGGGAGCAUCUGAAAAGAAGAAGAUUGAGAAAUACAGAAGACACAUUGGUGGAGAAGACAUUGACAUCGGAGAACAUUAUCCAAAAAACUAUGAGACGUGCAUGAACUUCUUCAACUUUCUGCUUAAAAAAUUGUUUCGAGCAAUAAUUGGACGUACUUCAAACAGUGGUAACAAUGAAGAUGAGGAGAAUCCCCUAGGAUUAGGAUAUGGGUCUGAAAUGCCAUCUUCCCCGUCGACUGUGGGUUCAGAUGAACAAAAAGAUGGUGCACAAGGUGUUUCAAGUAGUUCAACAGCGAGCUCAUCUUCCAAGGGACAAGAGAAAAUUGAAGACACCACUGGCGAGAAGAAAGAUUCGAAGCAAACUAGCAGCUUCAAGCAAUACUGUUUUGAGGAAGUAAAGAUGGACGAUAAUAGAGAAAGAUUAUUUCCUCCCAAUUAUGACACGCUCGUGCUACUCUCACAGUUUGUGCUGAAGGUCUUUCUAGUCAUCCUCGGAGUGGGAAUUUGGAGGAUAAAUGAGCUUCAAAGGAAGAAAGAACUACACAUGAGGGCCAAACUUGUCAUGGAGAAAUUGGUGGAGUAUACCAAACUCUACAUAUCGUAUGGCAACACUGGAUCAGAGCCCGAUCGUCGUAAAGCUCAGGAAAUUCCUGAUUUUAAUCCUGCCGAAGUGACAGAAAAAGAGAUAAACAGUCAAGACAAGGACGCUGAACAAAAGAACGUCGUCCUUUUGCCAAUAGAGAACAGACAACCCCAUGUUUACAAGUUCCUUACGAAAAAGGAGAAUAUUCCGAUCGACAUCGUUUUCUGGCACGUCGAUGAUCAAGAGAAGAAAGGGAAAGGUCAAACACCAAUAUUGAUAGCUGCGAAGGCAGGAAUAACUGAGAUGGUAGAGAAGAUCUUCGAAGAAUUUCCAGUGGCAAUUCAAGACGAGGACGCUGAACAAAAGAACGUCGCCCUUUUGGCAAUAGAGAACAGACAACCCCAUGUUUACAUGUUCCUUCUGAAAAAGGAGAAUAUUCCGACCGACAGCGUUUUCCGGCACGUCGACAAUCAAGGUAACAGCGCUCUGCACCUGGCCGCCACUCAAUGCAAGGAGUAUCGCCCUUGGCUCAUCUCUGGAAGUGCCCUGCAAAUGCAAUGGGAACUUAAAUGGUUUCAGUUUGUGAAGAACAGCAUGCCACCAAACUACUUCCGUAAAUACAACGAAAAAAAAGAGAAGCCAGAUGAAGUGUUCGCCAGUACGCACAAAGAUCUCAUCAAAGACGGAAGCGAAUGGCUGGGCAAAACCUCCGAGUCCUGCUCCGUCGUGGCAGCUCUCGUAGCAACGGUUGCAUUCGCGACAUCCUCAACCGUCCCCGGCGGAAUCAAUGAGGACAAGGGGACUCCAACACUCGAAGACGAGCCCGCCUUCAACGCCUUCGCCAUCUCAUCCUUGGCCGCUCUCUGCUUCUCCAUCACCGCCCUCGUCUUCUUCCUCUCCAUCCUAACCUCUCGGUACCAGGUGAAGGACUUCGCCUUGGACUUGCCUCGGAAACUUCUUCUUGGUUUGACGUCGCUCUUCGCUUCCAUAGCAUCCAUGUUGGUGUCGUUUUGCGCUGGACAUUUAUUCGUUCUUAAUGGUCAAUUGAGAUACGUAGCUUAUCCUUUAUAUGCUUUUUUGUGUCUCCCAAUCACGUUCUUUGCUUUUGCGCAAUUGUCUCUCUACUUUGAUCUUCUCUUGUCCAUCUUCAAAAAGGUUCCACAACGUAGCUAUGAGGUUCUUGCCAAUUAGAUCUUACUAUUAUUAUCUUUUUAAUUUUGCGCUGAUCAGUUUGAUCAGUGCUAUAUCCGCUUGAUUUGUUUUUGAGAGUGAGGCUCUUGAUCAUGGAAAAGUUGUGUCUGUACUUUUUUUUGUUUUUUUUGGU